GUUUGAACUGGUUUUUAUCUUCAUCGAGUUGCGGGACGUGGAUAAGGCUGUAUCUCGGAAGAGAACAUUGUAGUGUCUCCGAGGUUGAUUGGCAUCUGUAAUGUGGUUAAGAUGGCACUCGACUACGUUAAUGGUUGUAAUCACCAGAGCUUUGAUGUCGACGCACUCAGCCCAAGCAUUGCACCUAACGCGGAAGCACAGUCAUGGUUAUUCACCACGUAUCCCGAGUCAGAUAUCUGAUACUGCGGACACCCACUACACGCGGGAAAAGCCCAUUGGCUUGCGCAGAUUCUUUAUACAUCGUUUUUCCCGUUUCAUUGGGACUACGAACACUUAGAUGCGUUGUAGGAAUGUCCAAGUCCACGACGGGUACACGAUGUCUUCCUACGUCAAUCUAUUCCA